AUGAUCCGAGAAGAUGAUCCCCAAUUUCGAAUUACGCCAUUUCAACAAAUGGCAUCAGCUUGUUCUGGUGCCUUGAUAACAUCUCUAUUCAUGACACCAUUAGAUGUAGUUAAAAUAAGAUUACAAGCACAACAGAAGGCUUUAUUGUCAAAUAAAUGUUAUUUGUAUUGCAAUGGACUGAUGGAGCAUCUUUGUCCCUGUGGUGAAACUGGUUGGAUACCAAGAAGAGUACACUUCCAUGGUACAAUAGAUGCAUUCUAUAAAAUAGCUAAAUUAGAAGGUGUUCCAGCAUUAUGGUCUGGGUUAAGUCCAACCCUUGUUCUAGCAUUACCUUGUACAGUUAUAUAUUUUGUAACUUAUGAACAACUUAGAUACAAAACAAAAACUCUAUAUAAUAAGCUUACAGGAACUGUGCAUCAGCCAAUUUGGAUACCAUUGCUUUCUGGUGCUUCAGCUAGAACAAUAGCUGUUACUAUGGUUAGUCCAUUAGAACUUAUCAGAACCAAAAUGCAAUCAAAGAAGCUAACAUAUUCAGAAAUCAAUGCAGCGUUACGUCAAGUCAUUCGAUACGAGGGUUACAAAGGACUUUUUCGUGGUUUAGGAUCUACUUUACUUAGGGAUGUGCCAUUUUCAGGCAUAUAUUGGACUACAUUUGAGUCUACUAAGAGAGCAUUCAAUAAACCAGAUUCAGAAAAGAAUUCCUUCCUAUUCAACUUCUUUUGUGGCCUUGUUGCUGGCAGCAUUGCAGCAUUUAUUACAUUACCCUUUGAUGUUGUCAAAACACACCAACAAAUAGAAUUGGGCGAAAAGGAAAUUUAUUCAGAUGGUAAAGUGCAACAAAGAGCAUCGAAUAUGCAGAGUAUCGUCAGAAACAUAUACAGAAAUCACGGCUUUAAGGGUUUGUUUACUGGUUUAAUGCCUAGGAUAUUUAAAGUCGCGCCUGCAUGUGCUAUCAUGAUCGCAUCAUUCGAAUAUGGGAAACAGUUCUUCCAAAAGUACAACACACAAAAAUACAAAGAAAAAUUACAAAGGCAUCAAGAGAUUGUUUUGAUCGGCAACACAAAUAGUAAUGACUAUUCGUAA